AUGAAGAGGGUCUUCGGCGGCAAGAAGAACAAGGACCCGCCUCCCACGAUCCAGGACGCCACCGAUCGGAUAAAUAAAAGAGGUGAUACGGUUGAUGAGAAGAUUAAAAAGCUCGAUGCUGAGUUGGCUAGGUACAAAGAGCAACUUAAGAACACUCGACCUGGUCCUGCUCAAGAAGCUGUGAAAGCUCGAGCCAUGAGAGUUCUUAAACAAAAGAGAAUGUAUGAGGGACAACGUGACAUGCUUUACAACCAGACCUUUAACCUUGACCAAGUUGCUUUCGCAUCGGAGGGACUUAAAGAUGCUCAACAAACUAUGACGGCGAUGAAGUCUGCAAAUAAGGAGUUGAAAGGAAUGAUGAAAACUGUGAAGAUUGAAGAUAUAGAUAGCAUGCAAGAUGAGAUGAUGGAUCUUAUGGAUGUGAGUACUGAAAUACAAGAAUCUCUAGGUAGAAGCUACAACAUCCCUGAUUAUAUUGACGAGGAAGAACUGAUGGGCGAGCUAGAUGCAUUGGAAGCUGACAUGGGAACCGAAACGGAAUCCAGUGGGGUCCCAUCAUAUCUCCAGCCCGAUAAGGAACCUGAUUUGGAUGCGGAACUUACCUUACCUGCCGCUCCAACAGGCGUUCCACCGAACAGGCAGAACCCACAGAUGGAGGACGAGAACGGUCUACCCGCCGUUCCUCGCGCGUCGCUUCGGGGCUAGGUUUCGUACCGAAAGCAACCCCCUUAUGUAGCACUUUGUUUUCUUUAUCAGAGUGAUGAUGAUGAUGUAUACUAUUUGGUGAGUGGCAAUAUCAUGUGUUAAUUUAACUUCAUUUUUUUUUUCUUUAAUGAAAACCUUUGACAUGUAUUUAAAACUAUGAUGGUAUUGCAGUAAGCUGUGACACUGUUCUAAUGUGUUUUAGAUGAAUUAACAUAUUCUGAUCGAUUGCACCAUUA